GGACGGCCUAGAUUUCAAAACUGAAACCGGAUCCAUAUUGUCUUCGUCAGAGUGAGAGGAAUUGACCAUAACACCCCUCCUCCCUUUGGCUAAAGUGAAGUAGCAGCAGCAGCAGCCUCCCUCCUCCCCCCGUGGGCUUUGAGCUUGAAUCAAUAGAGAACCAGUAGCAGAGACACAACAACAAGUGGGGAAGUGAGUGAUGUUCUCGUCUCUGUCUCGGUUGGUCCCUCGGAUGACCAGAUGCCAUGGCGACCUCACUGCUUUGAGGUCCUUUUCCUUCUCUAGUUUCCCACCCCCACCCCCACCCCCACCAGGUUCGGCAGGGAGUUUUCAGCAGGGUGAUAAUGCUUCUGAGAAUGUUGCAACAGGAAGGGACUUGUAUAAUGUCUCUGGAUUUCGUGGAAGGAAUUCCAACUCCAUGAACUUUGUGAGGAAUGCUAUAGACCAGGAUGGAAGGGAAAACAGACCCGAUCCUCAGUUUCAGUUCCCUAUCAGACAUAUGGAGCAGAAUGCUGAUGUAGUCCACAUAAAGUUGAUGCGUAAUAAUACUUUUGUUACCGUCACUGAUUCAAAGGGGAACAAGAAACUUGGGGCUUCAGCUGGAUCUGUACCAGAAAUGAAAGGAGGAGCAAAAUUGUCUCGCUAUGCUGCCGAAGCAACUGCAGAAUAUGUUGGACGCAUGUCCAGAAAUUUUGGGUUGAAAUCAGUUGUGAUGAGGGUGAAAGGGUUUACUUAUUUCAAGAAGAAAAAGACGGCUAUCUUGAGCUGGAAAGACGGCUUUACUAACUCCAGAGUGGGUCAAAAUCCAGUUAUAUAUGUUGAAGAUACAACCCGAAAGCCCCAUAAUGGCUGCCGACUCCGGAAGCAGCGUCGUGUUUAGAUACGGUAUGCUUUCUGUUGACCAAGUUUUACUUGUACUUGGCUAUAAGCAUCUUAUACUGAGAUGAGUAAAAUCUUGGUGAUGGGCAAAUAAACUUUUGCUAGAAGACCUUUGGCACUUUUUUUUUCUUUUCACUUCAAAGCUCAAACCCAAUCUGAUUUUGUAGUCUAUUUGAAGAUCACUUUAGGCUGUUUCACAUAUGGUUUUUGUUUUAAUGUAGUUGAUUGGAAUUUUCUGUGAUAGUAUUGGUGAUACAAAGUUUGCCUAAUGUGUUUUGUUCUUAUAUAAGUGGCAGGUUUAUCAAGUGUUAAAUGCAUUUUUACUCACUGCUCUUAUGUAUUAGCAAUUGCCAAAAACUUCAUUAAGUUCGCAAGCAAGUUUUGUUUGGAUCGUUGUUGCAAAAUGGUCAUUGCAUGUGGGAGGGAACUGGGAAGUAGUGGUGAGAUAUAAGUUCUCAUACUUGUUAUAGUUGUGGUUUGUAUGUCUUAAUUGAUUUCAAUUCCCUGCUGAAGUUCACAACUAAGACAAUACCAUGUGACGAAUCUACGUAUGGUUUAUGACCUAGUUAUGGAGGACGAGUGUUUAUUGGUGGUCGAGUACUUUGUACCCAAAAAAA